CCAGGCUUUGCCCUCGCCUCGCGGCCACCUCGGGAUCGAGUCAUGGUGGCUGCACUGGGGGCGGCGUGGCUGCUCCUGGCGGCCGUGGCCUGUUCGCAGCGGGAACAGGACUUCUAUGACUUCAAGGCUGUCAACAUCCGGGGCAAGUUGGUGUCGCUGGAGAAGUACCGGGGUUCGGUGUCCCUGGUGGUGAACGUGGCCAGCGAGUGUGGCUUCACAGAGGAGCACUACCGGGCCCUGCAGCAGCUACAGCGGGACCUGGGGCCCCACCACUUCAAUGUGCUUGCCUUCCCCUGCAACCAGUUUGGCCAACAGGAGCCCGACAGCAACAAGGAGAUCGAGAGUUUUGCCCGCCGCACCUACAGUGUCUCUUUCCCCAUGUUUAGCAAGGUCGCAGUGACUGGCACUGGUGCCCAUCCUGCCUUCAAGUACCUGACCCAAACUUCUGGAAAGGAGCCCACUUGGAACUUCUGGAAGUACCUAGUGGCCCCAGAUGGAAAGGUGGUAGGGGCUUGGGACCCAACCGUGUCGGUGGAGGAGAUCAGACCCCAUAUCACAGCACUUGUGAGGAAGCUCAUCCUGAAGAAGCGAGAAGACUUAUAACCACGUUCCCUCCUCUCCCACUGACCCUCCCUCCCACCCCCCUCACCUUUCAUGGAUAACCAAAGCAAAUGCAAAUGGUGCUUCAAAGGAAGAGACUAUGACUCUUCUCCAUCACACCUACCCCAUCACUCCUAUGGGGGGAGAAUUCUAGUAUUUUGAUCAUUGGAAUCUUAGAUCAACCCAUAGGAACUCCUGGCCAAUGACAUCUCUUGACCAAUGAAUCACCAGCCAGUAAGAACUUCUAGUCCAUGAAAACAUGUGGCAAAUAGAAGUAUAUCGAGCAAUAAUCUCCUGUCUGUUAAGAACUCGAUAAAACGGGCCGAUUCCUACCUCACAGGGCUGUUGUGAGGAUUAAUGAAUGAGCUAUGAAUGUGCCUAGAGCAGUGACAGCUCAAGGGGAGGCAUUUAAUAAAUGUUUUUUGCAUAUAAA